CGUUCCACCAAUCACAUCUGUUAUUGUUUACUACAUGCAAUUUGUUUACGUUUGCAUUUUGUUUACGAUGCUGAAGUAAGAUUUUUAAACUUUUUUGGGAGUUGGGAAGUUAUGCUUCAACCCACUUCAGAAAAUUAAUUAUUUGGAAAGCGUUGCUACCAGCAAAAAUGUAUAAAACAUUUUGAGUAUGGAAGGGUGUCCACAGAAAAGCCCGUGUCUCUACUUUCUCUUGAUGGCAUUUCGCAUCCUCAACUGACCAGCAACGAAACCCUAUGCUCUUCCUGUGGUGCGAAGCGCAACAUACUUAAUACCAGCAAACGGAGCUUCAAAACAUUUGAAAAUUCAUGGGUUCUCGGUCGCUACAGAUCGAGGAUGCUCUGGAGCAACAGUUGAAGUUAAACAAAAGUGCCUUUACCCGUGAUAAUUCUCAGACUGUCAACGAGCAACUACAUCACUAUGCACGGAUCAACGACGAACAGCAACGGCUGGGAAAUAAUGACUACAGUCAGAGCAGUAGCAACACUGCGGACAACGGUGUUUCCUUACCCAUAGAGGACACAGAGGACUUUGACAGAGAAGAUCCCAAAAACGAGUAUUCAACGAUGCAUCGCAGUGAUCUUGUUCAACGACGAUUUGCUGAUUUCUCGGAGGUUUCUCCAAAGGAAUUUAGUGAAACAACCUCGGACGAAUGGUACGCUAGUGCCUCGGAUCAGGAAGAGACAACAGUGCCGGUCAAUCCGUACAGCCGGGAAGCGGUUAAUCCCGUGCUCGAGUGCGUCAACCAGAUAUUAAUUCAACAGUCGAUGGAGGAAGCUCCGAACUCAGUAGAUACCGAGUGCAGUAAACGCAAGCGGGUACACUUUUCCACUAGAAAUAACGUGGAGUAUGUACCUCAGCCAGACGACGAUGAGCAUGUUGUUCAGCGGCAACAAAUAUUGUUGCAUUACCAACCUAUUGUCCCCGCUGUUGAUGCCAGUCAUUACGAGAGCAUCGAUAGCAACAAGUACGAGCCUAUAGGGUCUGAGCGUGAUUCAAAUCUUUACGUGGAUAUGACAGCCAGUCUCACUGACUUAAGCCCAAUCCACAAACCACCUCCCGCUCUGCCUCCGAAGCCAGCCAACUUGCUCAAGUUCAAGAAGUCAUUUAAUCAGUUGAAGGAGCCAAUAAAAGACGAAAACGACUGCUCCACUUCCAUAAUUUCAGCUACUGAACCCGAUUACUGUUCUAUUUCCGACGUUGUCGUGAAAAGCGUUCCGUUGGCCUAUGUUAAUAAGAAACUUGUGCAGAAAGUUGAAGCUAAUGAAAUUGAGGAGAUUUUGGCCGACAUACCCAAGCUUCCCAAUGUUGCGGCUAUCAUUGCGCCAAAGGAGUCUGCCUCCGACUAUCUGAUAAUGACCCCCAAGACUGCACAGGCACCUCGGUCGCCCCAAUUUCAAUCGCAGAGCGAUGAGAAAUGUAAGCACGUACCAAUUAUACUGACCGAGAUAAAUAGGCGCAUAAGUAAGCCCAACUUUUCGACCAUGCCCAAAAGGCUGCCUAGCACCCCUCCGCCAAAAACGAUGAUGUGUCCGAUAGCGGAUUACUUGGACGACAUGCCCAUUCAAGCGGAAUUCGAUUGGUACAACCUGGACGUAGAAUACGAUCAAAGCCAGGGAUCGAGUAUUAACUUACCUGAUGAUGGUUUUCUAGAGAAGAUCUGCAAUGACAACGAUGGUUUGAUCAGUGCCGCCGACGAAUACAACCUAGACGAGGAGUUUCAGCAGGAGCCCCCAUUGAUGGAGCAAAAAUGAUGAAAUCCUCGAUCCGUGCCGUAAAAUUAGAAAAUUAUGUCCCUUUAGUUUUACAUCAUUGUUGAUUCAACCGUAACUUCCAUGGCCUUUUACUGAACUAUGUUCUGGCAAUAAUAGAUUAUGUUCUAUAUUUAAAAUUGUCCCCUACCGCUCAUAAAACAAUUAAAACUAACAUUUUUAGCAAUUAAUUAUGCCUUAAAUAUGUUUUAUUUAACUCAUUGUAUUCAUAUCACGUAUAACUUUCCGCGAAGCGUACCGUCCACUCGGUUAACAUUAAACUUAAACAGUGAAAAACAGUUUUUCCAACCAAUAAAGUCAAAAUGAAAAUAAAAAUCGCUUAAA